GGAAUAUUUUUGUCCCAGUGUUCUGGUCGCUGAAGUGGUCUGGACCCACGCAAAGUGAGCUAAAAUAUUAAACUUUUUUUACAUCGAUUCUUUAAGUACAAAAUGUCUUUUUGUUCUUUUUUCGGAAGGGAAGUAUAUAGAGAUCAUUUUAAACCAGGAAUAUAUGUUUGCUCCCAAUGUGGACACCCGCUGUUUUCAAGCAGGUCCAAAUAUGAACAUUCCUCUCCAUGGCCUGCCUUCACUGAGACCAUCCAUGAAGACAGUGUAACCAAAAUGAUGGAAACACUCACAGCCUAUAAGGUUCUGUGUGGCAAGUGUGGCAAUGGACUAGGCCAUGAGUUUGUGAAUGAUGGCCCAGAUGAAGGCUUAUCGCGUUUCUGAAUUUUUAGCCACUCACUGAAGUUUGUCCCCAAAGAUAAGGUUGCCAAACACUAAGGUGAGGCAAGGGUCUAAGAAGCUCUUCUGUAGCUGCUGUUGUUCGCACAAAAAGGGAUGCUCAACUGAUGAAGUGGACAGGAAAAGGUCCAAUGGGAGAUCCUGUGCACAGAUGUUUGUGACCAUCCUGUUUAAUGACCACUGUAAUAAGUGAUUUAGCACAAAUGUGAAUACAAAAAAAGCUAAUGAAUUAAAAAAUAAACCUUAAACGAUCAUAGAUAUUUUCUGAUCAUAGAUGUUUUCAUAUUAUACGUUUACCAAAAGUUUAAUUUAUGUGAAUGGUGAUGAUAUUCUAAUUCUGACAUGAAAUGUUGCUCAAACUAUGCAGUACUAUAGAGGUGGACAAAUUGUUUGACACCGUAUAACCUAUUAAAUUAUGUCAUGUGGCUUCUCAAAAGAUGAAUUUUUUUUUAAUGGUACUACACAGUGGGACAGCGGGAUUUCAAGUCAUUGUGGAAUUUUAUUCUCUGUAGGCUUGGUGUUUAAGGCCUGCCACAUACUGUAAUGAGUUUCAAGCUUCACUGAAGUACAGUAAAACAAUUUGCAAAAUGCUUCUCUUGAAUCAAUAAAAAGUUUAAAAAUGUCA